AUGGAAGACCCGGUCAAGGAGAUUCCCGCAGUCAUCCACCUCCUCACGCAAUCGCCGCCGUCGAUCCAGCGCGCAGCAAUCGACAAGUACUUUACGCCCGACGCGGAGUUCUCGCAUCCGCUGUGUCGAACGUGGAGCUGGCCCAACUCGCGGGGGCUGAUCCAGGCGGUUUACAGGUGGUACAAGAUUCUCAGUCCGCGCAUCGACUUGACGGUGCAGAGUGUGGCAUUCGAUGAGGCGAAUAUGACGCUCUAUGUUACACUCUUUCAGGUGUUCCGCAUCUGGGCGGUUCCUUUCUACUAUGCGCCGGCGCGGCUCACGACGGUGCUUAGUCUGCGGUAUUCGGCGGGCAUGGGCAGGUAUUACAUCACAAAGCAGGAGGAUCUGUACCAGGUGGAUCAGUGGAUACGGUUUAUUGCGCCGGGCGGGUGGGUGGUGAUCUGGAUGCUGCAGGCGUGGGCGACGGUGGCGUGCGUGCUGGGGACGUGGGUGCUGUGGCCGGUGACAUGGGGCGAGGAGCACUGGGGCUGGGGCGAGGGCGUGGGCAUGUCGAGCAGGCGGCGGGCAGUGAAGACGGGGGGAAAGGAGGGCUCGGGCUCGCACUCUCCCCCACGACAUCGCAACACUGCCGCCGACGACGACCCGCAGUAUCACUACGAAAGCAUCCAAGACACCCAAGCCGGUGCGCCUGCUAGUCCACUCCACACGCGACGCAGGCCAUCCCGGACCACGUCGGGCGCCAAAGCUUCCCCGCGCUCAGCCUCCCCUCCCUACACCGACGACCAGCACCAAGGCGAUAAGAAGGCCAAACCACCUCGAAACUCUCUCAAGAAGCUUCUCCGACGCGACUCGCAUCACGCCGAGUUGUCGCCCGCGCCCCGAGGCGGACACGACGGUCCCGACGACGAGGAAAGCACCGUAGGAUACAUUCCCAGGCUGGGUCCGAUACGAGAGAGAAGGACCAGCAUGCAAUCCAGACGUCGAGCCAGCUCCACCGUCAGCUCCACCGGCAAUCCGAAAGCGCUGCGUCGGCGACGUACAGAAGACAGUGCUGUGAGCCGCUCACGCGGCCAGCGCAAGCAUGCUUCUACACACCGCUCCGGUGGAAAGCUCGCACAGCUCACCGAACCUUCUUCAGCGUCCAGCGUCUCCCAGCUUGGUCCUUCUUUCCCCUCUACCGCCCCCUCUACGGCUCCUAGUGAUGGUGGCUUGGGCACUGAAGGCCCAUUCAUGGCGGCAGAUUCUCGGCUUGCUGCUGGCCCGAAUGCUACCUCACAGACAGCAGCACAGACUGCUGGCCCCACUGUGCCUCAUUUGCCUCACCAAGAAUUCCGUAAAUUCAAGAAGCCCCUCUAUGCGAGCAGCUUUGUGCAUGGCCCCAGAAACGAUGACGAGGAGCCGCCAGACCAGAAGACGGAGACAGAGACGGAAGAUGGCAAUGAGCCUUCCAAGGCCGCUGCAAGUGAAGCUGCUUCUUCUGCUGCUGCUGCUGCUUCUUCUCCUCAAACUCCAUCUACGGCUGCCAGCCAGAAUAAUGAUGUUCACGCCAAGCGACUCCGGCAGCAGGAACGCGAGCUGGCCAAUCACAUUCUGAAAAACCCGAAGCCGCAAAAGGAGUCGCAGGCCAAUGCAGGCACGUCGACGCCUACUACUCAGGCCUAUCCGCACGCGCCCAUGCCCAUGUAUAGCCCCCAGGUCUUGUACCCGGCUGCCUCGCCAUCCGUGGUGGGUACGCCCAACCCGCCACAGGGCUGGCCACCCAUGCCCUCGCCGUUCCCAACUCCGCUGGCCAUUGGCUAUGCGCCCCAUCAGUCGCCCAAGACGGUGCCUGCGUAUCCGCAUAGCAUGGUCAAACAGCACAUGCCACCAUUGCCCUUUUCGCCUCAUCACGCGCAACCACAAAGGUAUCAGCAACAUGCAUCAUCACCACCACCACUGCCAUCAACAACAACAACCACUACGGACCAGGCCAAGCCGCCCAUGACGGGCUAUGCGCUGCUGGCCGACGAGCUUAGCGCAGCCUCGGCAGACAACACCGCCCCGAGAGAGAGGGCUAACAUUGUGCCCGUGUACCGCAAGUUUGAGCACCUGAAUCACCGCGUGUUACUGCACCUGCAAGACGAGACGUGUGAGCUCGAGGAAGAGCUGCGUCGCCUCGACGAGUGCAUUGCCCACCUGUCGCCCAAGGACCCGUCAGGCUAUGCAUAUCCCGCGUCGAGGCGAAACGACGCUCGCUACGGCGGCGAGUUGCACUUUAAGCGCACUGAACUGCUAGGCCGCAUUUUCCAGAAACUCGAGCAGUAUAACAAGGCCCUGGCCUCGUUUAGCAGCAUUUCGAGGCACCUUGGCCCAGCCAGCCCAAACGACAUUGAGAAUUACCGCGAGUGGAUGGAUCAACAUGAACCCAUUGAUUAUGCAGAAUCCCUGUUCCUCGAGCGAGACGCCGAUCUCGUAGCCAUUCCACGGAAGACAUCAUCGCCAUCAUCAUCAUCGCCAUCGUCAUCAUCGUCAUCAUCAUCAUCAUCAUCAUCAUCAUCAUCAGUCAGCACCACCACCGCCGCUGCCCAAGAGGGCCGACAACACUACCCAGCUGCCGUGUGGUUCCCACUAAUGCUUAUUCUACCACUCAUGUCCUUUGCCAUAGUGCCGAGCCUGCUAGGGCGUCUGAUUGUUAUCGCGGCCAUGGUUGGCGUGCAACUAAAAAUGGUCACGUCGGCACCCGAGCUCAAAAGCUUCUUGUCCGCCAAAGACUGGACGACUGCCGCGUCCGUGUAA